AUGUGUUACUCCAAGGUCACUAUCUAUGCCUGCAAAUGCAAGGAGCGUGAAAAGGCCAACUGCCAUCAACCUGGGCCAGCAUGUAAUGAGAAGCUGGCACAUGAAGUUGUCAAUAUGUCAAGGGAGUUCUGCUACCGUCACAGCGGCCACAGCGAUCGCAUGGACCUCGAUCCACUUCCAGGAAAAAACGCCAACGCCUCAGCUGCGUACAACCCGAGCAAGGGAUUUCCUGGAGGGUAUCCCACCAAUACUGGUGGCGAGGGAAUGAUCAGCCCCGACUUCGGUCCAGAAUAUGACUUGAACUCACCUGUCUCACCGAUUUCUCUUCGUGAUUUACCUACAUUUCCAGUUCCCACAUCAACUCGUCAAGCGACAUCUCGUGGUGGCCCGAGCAAAGCGACAAAGACAGCCACUGUCGCACCCCAAUCCAAUCGCAACAAUGGCCCUUUAUUUGCUGAACGAAGUCGCACAGCUCAAUCCCCGGUCAACAAGGCAGGAAACGCAAAAACCCCUGCCACCGAUGGCAUUGCCGAUCCGCUGCGGCGCCGCAAGGAUGGCCAACGGGUAUCGAAAAUGACUUAUCGGAUUGGCAACGCAGUCAACGACCUCGCCUCGAUCAAUCAACCAGGCUUAGACCUAAGCGGGUCAAGAUCCAGUCUCGGUCUACGAGGGAGGACCAUAGGCCCCGUGGAUGUGCCGACGAUCCCAGACCACGUCUUCGAGUUUGAUCACCCCAUGCCCAAGAGUCCCACGAUCGCUCGUCGCGGGGCACGGAAAGCAAGACAAGCGGCGAUCGAAGGAAAUGGGAAGGCCAAAGCUGGAGGAGGAGACAAGGCCACUCGUGCAACAAAGACUGAGACUCGACAACCCAUUAUCACAACGAGGGAAACUCCUAGUUUUCCCGGUCAACGACCGAAUUUCCCAUUGACAGACCCCAUGACGGCCUUUAAACCGGAAUACUACGUGUCGUCAUUCGCACAACCUACAACUAACACCGCGACGACGACGACAAAGACCUUCAAUCGCCCAUCUGGACCUCCUGCACCAAUCAACACCGCCAAUGUCGCCAAACCCUCAACCUCACACUACAACACCCGGAGUCGCGCCAACACCAACAAAACAUCUCCUACAUAUGCAGGGGUUCGGAAACAACAACGACCUGCGACAGGUCCAAUUAGUCCGCGUACCCUCGCUGCAGCCACUAACGCCCGGCUUCGAGCCCAACAUCAACAUCAACCUCAACCUCAACCUCAAGUACGACAACCUAACAACAAGAAUCAGAAUAUUGAGAAUGGAAAGGAAGGUAAACUGGGACAGUAUCGACUAUUCCCCUCGACUAACCGAGUUCAAGCACCACCUGUGAACAAGAGUCCUUACCGAGGUAAUCCGCCGCCACCGCCACCUCCUCCACCACGAUCAAAUACUCGACCUAUGAGACCACCACAGCCUCCUCCUCGGGCGCCUGUGUAUGUGAAUAAUAAGAGGGUUCCUCCAACGAAACAACAUGGACGCGGCGGGCGCGGAAGUGGUAAGAAAGGAACCUGUGAAAUCAUGUAG